UACCGGGCCCCAAAACGUGACAACAACGAUAACCUCAUACCCCCCCCUACAUUUUCACCCCAACCUUCAACAGACCACACAGCAAACAUGGAUGCCUUGGGCCUCUCUAAGCUACGGCAUCUAAAACCACGACAACUCCUUUCCCAAGUCUUGAAUUUUGCUUUGAUACUUUCAACAGCGUUCAUGUUAUGGAAGGGUCUGUCGGUCGCAACUGAUUCGCCCAGUCCCAUUGUCGUGGUUCUGUCAGGGAGUAUGGAACCGGCAUUUCAACGUGGGGAUCUAUUGUUCUUAUGGAACCGGAAUUUGGAACUCGAUAGCCCCCCUACACCUGGAACGCGGGUCGGCGAAAUUGUUGUGUAUAAUGUCAUCGGGAAGGACAUUCCUAUCGUCCACAGGGUUGUGCGAAAGCACCAGGGGCCCAAAACACCUCUCCAUCUCCUUACCAAGGGCGACAACAAUCACGCCGAUGAUACCGAGCUCUACGCACGCGGCAGGUGGUACCUUGAUCGUGAGAAGGAAGUUAUUGGAAGUGUGGUUGGAUACGUGCCUUUCGUAGGCUACGUUACCAUUAUGCUCAGUGAACACCCCUGGAUGAAGACAGCAUUAUUAGGUAUUAUGGGGCUACUAGUUAUCGUACAGAGGGAAUAGAUGUGGUCGAAUAUUAGUUCCUAGUAUUGGUUGGUAGUUGAUAUCUAGUUUCAUAGGGUGGUUUGCGGUGUCAUGCAAAGGCCCUAGAGGUGACAUGCAUCAUAAAAUCUCAUAAAAGGGUUCAUUCACCA